AUGUCAAAUAGUGGUAAUACAAACGAUCAAAGUAACUUUAUGCGAGCUGUUGAAGAAGCAUUUUUUAUGCUUGAUCGUGAUCAAGAUCGAUCUGUUGAUUCUGAUGAAGCAUUAUUACUUCUUCGUACAGCUCUACAGGAACAAACAGAUGAUCCUACAUGUGACGAAAAAUUAACAGUCAAUCAAUAUUCAACAUUAAUGCUUCGUCAUGUUGGUUCAUCAGAAUUAAAUGAUGAAUUACGUCGAACAUUUGAUGCUUUAGAUCGAGAUCAUGAUGGAAAAAUUUCUCGACAAGAUAUGGAUGAACUUCGUAAUGAAAACAAUUUUUUUGAUAAACUUGAUAAUGAUCAAUAUGAAUUGGUUGUUCAAGAAUUAUUAAUUGAUGGAAAUAAUGGAAUGAAUUUUGAUCAAUUUGUUCAAUUGAUGAUGCGAUCAUAA